AUGCACCAGGACCUUCGCCUUUCCAGCAAGAUCGACUGCACCGAACCUGGCGAACUCAUCAAGACGGAGGAGUCCAAAACGGAAGACGGCCAUGAGGUCUUCCGUCUCAAGACCUCCAACUCCACCUUGGUCUUGGAACGACAGGCUGCACCAGACAAAGAUGAACCACUUGUGGGAGAUUGGACCUUUGAAUCAGGCGACUUCAAGAUCGUGAAGAAAGACAGCGGUUUGGAGCUGGAGCAGAAGUUCUGGAACAAAACCAUUGCAUGCAGCGCAAACUUGACCAAGAAAGAUUCAGAUGACAAGCACUAUACCGCGAACCUUGUGGUCAAGGGAUCCGACUGUAAGAACUUCAAAUUGCGGGACUGCCCAACGGAGCUGUGCCAAGCAGACAAGAACAACAGCAAGUGCGAGGCCGCGAAGGAUCUGACCUUCGGCUUCGUCAAGCUCGAGCUCGAAUCAGACAACAACGCGAUCAAGAGGACGGUCAGUGCCAGCGAAGCAGCUCCAGGCAAGAGCUUCAAUGUGAAGCGCUCCUUCGUGGCGGUGGAUGCGGAGGCGGACGCCUUUGUGUGCGUGAAGGUGAACGAGACCUGGGAGCCCAUUCGACGCAUCAGCUACAAGCAGCUUGCCAAUGGGGGAUCUCAAAAGCAAGAAAUCCAGAAGGCCGAAGAAUCGAAGGGCACCAAGAUCUUUGAGGGAAAGAGCAUCGGCAAAGAUUGGGUCCAGGAAGACCACGUUAUGGAGGACAGCAUCUUCACGAAGGACGAGUACCUUCCACCAUGGAAGAAGUCCAUUCAGGCCACGGUGCAGUGGAAGAAGGCCGUGAUGUGUCCCGAGAAGUUCCCGCUUUGCUACAAGGAUGGUGAUUGUGUUUCAGAAGAUUGCAAGAAUGGCUGUGAAUGGUCCAGAUCCCCAACUGUGGAUGCGAAAACGGACAUGGAUUACAACUACAUCGCUGGCGCCGAUACCCUGGGGACAGCAUGUGACAAAAGCAACGAGGCACAUGAAAUAGAACGCUGCAAGUGGCAAGUCCUUCCUUUCACUUCUCCUGGUGGCAGCCUUCUUCCGCGCCUGAGGAGUUGGAAGCGGACCAGUUCUGGUGAGUAUACUCAAUAG